AUGAACCAAAGGAAAAGACGGCAAGUCCUGCUGCUGCUGCGUGCGUGUGCGUGCUUGUGCUUGGAGAGGGAGUACUCCGGCUGCCGCUGUCUCUCUCUCAGUCGGUUUCUGCAGCCGUUGCUCCUCGUCCUUGACGGAUGUCGCAGAUGCUGCUGGCCGUGGUCUGAGCCUAGUCGCCUGGAUGUUUCGCCCGUCCGGCGCGAACUUGAGAGCUGUCGUUCUCGUUGUUUGCUUUGUGCGAUGUUUCCUCCGGUGGAGCACAGCGUUGCGCGCGCUGGCAGGCUAGAAUCAGAGAGCGUGCCGAUAGAGACUCUGGUACUGGCGAUUGGCGUAUCCUGUGCUGGUCGGUCGGUCGGUCAGUUCGAAGGAGUCGAGGCUGAAGUGAGAAGACUCGGUGAGAGGAAAGUUGAGGAAGUGGGCUGCACCCGUGCUGAAUUGUAUUUCACCGGUCUGAGGGGUACUCAUGAGAGGACAGGGGUUCUUGAGACCACGCCACGCGAGAAGAGGAGCCGAGCAUCUUCCCGCCCCUGCCGAGUGGAUGGAUUUCAGGCUGCCCGUCUGAUGGGAAUAAGGCGACAGGGGUGGUGGAGAGAACACUAUGGAACCGACUGUUGUGCCAUUUGCUUCGUCUGCAUGGAAGAGCCAAGCGUUAGGCCAAUCAAGUGCCGGGAAACUUCUGAUGCUGGACCUGCUGAUGCUUCUGACUGUUGCUCACGGCGAAGGUUGUUACGAUUCCCAGCCAACGAUUGCAAAUGCCGCUACGGAGUACAACUUCACACAUUGGUGAUCGGUUGGUCUCGGGAGGCGGAUGCAGGCCCAAGGCUAUCCUGUCUACUGUCUGGCCGAGAUGUGGAUUUGGAUGCGUGUGCUUACGUGAAGCGUCCUGAAAGAUCUCACGCGGGCGACGACGUGAUCCAAGACUGGGAGUCAUCAUAUUUCCAUCGCCCGGCUAGCAACGUGCGCCAUGCUACCAAAAGGCCGAGGCAACCAACCACCACGCGUGCGGCCGCAACCCCCCGGAUUUGGCUCCCUAAUCGCCUCUUUUGCCAAUAUGACCUCCGCGCUUCUCGACGUUCCAUCGAAAAGCGCCACGGUCCCGAGAGUCUGACACCCUUUGCCUGCCUACCCUCGUUUAGUUAG